AUGUCCCACAAAUUUAGUCUUCUAUCAGCUAUUGCUUCUGAAGAUACAAUUCGUAGUUUUGCUUUUACAUUUAUUAAUGGGACAUAUAAAAAAGAAAUGUCUAAUAUGGUUCAAGGUUUUAUUUACAUGAACCAGUUACUUAGUGAUCCAUUUGAGUGUGAAAAAUUUAAUGCUCCUGAGUUGUUAGAAAGUAUUGAAGGUUAUCUUUAUACAAUUUUAAGUAGUGACAUUUCUUUUAAUUUACGAAAAGCUGUCAUUAAAUUUAUGGGAUCACUUGCUACAGAAAUUAAUAAGAAACAAUCGUAUACAUUAAAAAAUGAUCAUUUAAUAAAAUUACUUUUAGAAAAUGGAUUAUUAUAUGGAUAUGGAAAAUGUCCAAGAGAUUCUGAUUAUAUUUUUCAACCAUUAGAUAAUACAGAAUCUAUAUUUAGAUUAAGUGUAAAAUAUGCAUAUGAUAAUUUAGCUAAAGGGCAUACUUACGAUGAAUUACCAAAAGAUUUAGAAAAUUUUAAUUCAAUGAUCCAUAUUUUUUAUGAUAUAAUGAUGUCUAUAAUUAAUAGAAUGGGUGAUGAUCAUUUAAAACAUUAUCGAUACACUACAGAAUUUGACAAAUUAAAUAAAAUAGAGAAUAAUGUUUUUGAUAUGUUAUUACCAGCUUUAAUGUCAUAUUCUAACUAUGAAACAUUUCAAGAUGAUCUUGUAAUGUCUAAUUAUAUUUCUAUUAUGACAAAAAUAACAACAAAAUUGUUAUUUAUUAUGGAUGAUGAAUUUUCUUAUAAAAUAUCUAAAAAAGGUAUUUAUGAUGGUGUAACAACUAUAAAUUUAAGAAAGUUUUAUCUAUUUGUAUGUGGUAUAACUAAUUUAGUUAAAAAUCAUGAAAAAAGUAUGGAUUUUCAAAUUAUUCAUCAAAAUUGGUCAACUUUUAUAAACCGUAUGUGUAUUGACACAAAAACUAUUGAAAAAGAAAACAAUGAAAUAUAA